AUGCUCGCUCAACGGGUCGGUUUGGCUGCUCUGCGCAGAGGAACGCCCAGCAUAUUCGCCCAGGCGCCCCAGGCCAUCAUCACGGCCGCCCCUCAAAUCCGCCCCGUCACGACGGCCAGAAUCUCCCAGCAGGACGGGCACGAUAUCCUCGUGAAGCAGCGGCUGCAGCGCCCCGUGUCGCCCCACCUGGCCAUCUACAAGAUCGAGCAGACGUGGCUCGGCCACUCGGCGUGGACGCGCAUCACGGGCUGCGCGCUGUCCGGCGCGGCGUACGCCUACUUCUCGGCGUACCUGGUCGCGCCGCUGCUGGGGUGGCACCUCGAGUCGGCCAGCCUGGCGUCGGGGUUCGCGGCCCUGCCGUUUGCCGUCAAGGGCGGCGUCAAGUUCGCGCUGGGGUUCCCGUUCGCGUACCACUUCAUCAACGGGCUGAGGCACCUGUGGUUUGAUCUGGGCAAGGGCUUCGCCAAGGCGUCCAUCAGGAAGGGGGAGACGGCGCUGUGGACGGCGAGUGUUGCGAGCGGCUUGUAUUUGGCGUUUGGGCUGUGA